GGAAAACACUCCCGUGUAGUUUGUGCAGUUUACUUGUUUGUUUAAGUUUUUCUCAUAAUUUCACUUCACUUGGGACAUUGGUUUAAUUCCUUUGUUGUAUGCAGCUGUGAUUCACUUCGGGGAGGGUUUAAGCCCAAUGGUGGCUACGUUCGCCACUUGCUUCCGGUCGGAUGUCGGAACUGGCGAACCGUUUGUUUUUCCCCGUUUUGUACAAUCAAUCUAGUUAAAGCAAAAGCGAACCCUCGUUAGCAUAAAGGUUGGCGUUGCCUAACCCCUGCCGCAUUGAGGUGACGUUGACCGUACCGAAAUAUGAUAGCAGAACAAAGAUUGCCUGCUGCGUGUGCAUACAAUCUCUGGAAGAGCGACAUCGUCCCGGCAGAGCUGUACCGGGGUAGAGCAACGGAUAGAAUUUGGAAUCUGGCAAAUCGCGUGUCACCCAAAUAAGCCGUGAAAAAUAACCACAACAAAGCUUUAAAAAACACGCACGCACCGGAGAGAAAGAGGUAUACGACGUAAUCCUGUAAGGACAAAUCUAACGUAACACGAAACAAUGGAUGUGGCCAAUCUGUUUGACGACCUCGAGUCCAACAACAUGGAUCGGGUCGACGAAGUGAAGCGCAAGUUUCAGGAGAUAUUUUCUUCCACCAAAGAAUCCUGGCUUGCAUAUAACAUGAUGGAAUACUUUGCUCACACGUCGUCGAUACGGAUCGUAGAAAUUUUUGUAAAGGUACAGCAACCCCACGAUAAGCACAUAUUCGAUCGACUGUCCGAGUGGAUACGCAGCGGGACAUCGAAAACGUUGGCUCUCACCCUAUUCGGACACAUCAUUCAGAAGCGUCCGCUUUGGCUGUACAAGGUCGGUGCUCAUCAGCUGGUAAAGGACGUACUAAAGCUGUCCAAGGUGGAGAAAGACAUCACCUCGUUGAUUAACGCAGUACUGUGCAUCAUCGAUCUCCUGCCCGUGAUUCCACUGGCAAUGGGUAGCUUCGUGCAGGAUUUGUUCGAUGUGUUUAACUAUCUCGCCACGUGGAACCAAAACGAAUCGCAUCUGCCCGAGUAUCAGCUGAUACAUCUACAAUUCGGACUGUACGAACUGUUUACUCGGCUGUACGGCAUGUAUCCGUGCAAUUUUGUGGCCUUCCUUAAGCAUGAAUAUUCGGCGGCCGGACGUCAGGCCGUGUUUCAGCACACGAUCAAGCCGUUGCUCGAUACGGUUAAGAUCCAUCCGCGACUCGUACUAUCCGACAAGGAAAGUGAGACCAGCCAGCAGCGUUGGAAAAAUAUGGAACCGCAUGAUGUGGUGAACGAGUGUGCCCGAAUGUCGCUUGAGUAUCCGGAACCGCAGGAAAGCUCACAGGCACCGCUAUUGGCAGUGAAUGGAGCCGGUGGUAACGAAUGUCCGUGUUACAUGACACCGAUUAAACCUUACGAAUAUACGGCCGGCGGUGGUACGUCCGACGCGUUCGAACUACCAUGGAAGGCGAACGUUAACUUCUUCAAUACGCUUUCACUAGACCAACAGCUGUGUACGAUCACGGCACAAAAUUCAUUCUGGUCGCCUAAUAGCACUCUUAUGCAGCCAACGCCACCGCCCACAACGGGCACGGUACCGCACACGCCAAUUCCUACCCCGAGCUAUACGAUUCCAACUGUGCCGGCCCCACAACCACCGGCAGCGGACGGUGCAUCGCCUCCGGAGGCAGCUGUCGAGGCAACGCCCGAAACGACACCCAUGAAAGAUACCAAACCCACUGGUAGUAGCCGGCCUUACCCUACAUCGGUGAAACCGCAAACGGCCCGAGCUAUCUGGACGCCAUCACAACCAGCGUCGCCGAUUAAGAAGGAUGCUGGGCAGUCCCACUUUAGCUACGAAUAUCCACUAGCGGUAGUCACAUCUAAAAAGUUGCUUCAAGUGGUGAGCGAUCGGAAUCAGUCGUUGCAGCAAUUGUCCGAUACGGGUACUACCACUACGACGACCACAAUGACAACGGUGGCCUCUGCAACGUCGACCACGAGCAAUAGCGUACCGUCCAGUCCGCUUCCUAUCGACCAGCAAUCGGUCCCACUGUCCGCAGCGGUAGUGCCAGCAUCGACCGCCUCCCGCAAUGAGUCACCCAUGGUACAGAUCCAGCCGGCCUUACUACGCCCCAGUGAUCUGAGCCAAGAAGAUCAGGAGGUAAACGAUAUCAACAGUCCGCACAUGCAUCACUCGCAAUCACUACCAGUCGGUACAGCCGUCCCGAUACGGGAUCUGUGUGCGGAUGAAGAUCAAGACCAAGGCGAAGGUUCGCCGUGUUCUGCCGGAGGGCUACAUUUUAAAAAUUCCCAGUCGGUCAUCAACUACACCCGCCGACGGCUGCACAGUCAUUGUUUGGUGGAUUCGAACGAUCCGUACUACAGUACCGGUACGUCACCGGCGGAUACGAGCGGAAACUUUAUCCGUAAUGGUGCCACCAUGGCUUCGCAGCUCGUCACGGUUGGAUCGCGGUUGAGUGGUGCCGGUGCUAACAAGCAGCUCCAAAUACCGGAGCCGAUGGCUGUGUAUAAUCGUCCUCCGGUAGCUGGACAGGAGCAGCACCAUCAUUAUUAUCAUCAGUGCCACCAUCACAUACAUCUGCAUCAUCAGCAGCAUCAACACCACCAUCAUCAUCUUGUCGGUCCGGGAGGAUCAUUGUUUACGGCCCAUCAGCGCCGCCAUUCGUUGCCAGAUCUGAAACAUUAUGCGCUCAAGGUGAAUCCGAAGCUACUACUCGAUUCUGUUUCGAUCGUGAAACAGCGCCAGCUAGGGCAGCACCCAACACACCGUGCUGGCGAAACGACCAACGGUGGCGGGAACAGUGCGUCUUCAUCAGAGGGGGUAGGUAGCAACGCGGACAGUAGUCCAUCGGAGGAAGAAGCCAUAUCGGCCGCCACUCAUUUCCAUACCAAACAGGAACAACGGUCGAGAGAGCAGCUCGUUCGGAAUCAGGAGCUGUUUCGGCAGUUAAGCAACAAUUUAACGACCGUUGCAAAUCCAAGUAGCUACUUUCAGCAUCAACGGGUGCAUCAUCACCAUCAUCCCCAUCAGCAGCACCAACACCAGCAACCGGGUGAUUCGUUUGCACUCACACGAUCGCGCAUCGAUCGUCAAGCGGACGUUGACAUGGUAAUGACUCCGGUUCCACCACAUGCGACCAUCUCGACGGCAACGCAAACGAUUAUCAGCUGGCCGCAGCCUUACGAGCAAAUAUUCUACGGCAUCCUGCAAGAAGAAUUGCGCUUUAAGAACAGCAUUUCCCAGUUGCAGCACGAUCAGCAGAUACAGAAGGCGGCUGCAAACGGUGGUCGGUUGGAUCCGUACGCACUCCUAGAUCAGUACAUAGAAACGUGCGCAAAGACACGGGCCACCAUGACUGAAAAUGGUAAUCGUACGAGCCUGCCCGAAUCUUACUAUCAUGACCACAUACGGUUGUUGCAUCUGCAGCUGCAGUACGAGCGUCACCGACGGGAGAUACAUGCCGAGCGAAACCGUCGACUGCUCGGCAAGAGUCGUAAGAUUCGUGCUCUCGAGCAGAACAAUGAAGCGCUCAAGGAUCAGGUGGCACGAUUAACGCGCGAGAUCGCUUCAUUGAAUGCGGAGCUUAGUACGGUGCGCCGUAAAACCAACGCCGAGCUGACGGAAGUAUCGCGAGAAUGUGUUCGCUGGAAGGAAUCCCUGUACCAGGAACAGGAACGAUGCAAAGAGCUACAGCUGAAGAUUGAAGCAUUGCAGGUGGCUAUCAAGGAUGAAUCCGCUCAACGCCGCGAGGUUAAUCUGCUGUUGGAAAACGCCCAGGGUGAUUUGUUCGAUUUACGCAACGAGCUGCGGAAGGCUAUUGGCAAGGCGGAACUUGGACAACAGUACCGCGAAGAGUUGACGCGGCUACAGUCCGAGCUGAUAAUGAUGGGUGAGGUGCAGCUCCGCUUUAAGGAGAAGCUGAUUGAGUUAGACCGGUUGCGUGCGCGCGAAGCAGAAAUUGUGCUCAUGAAGGAAAAUUACCACGAAGAAUGGAAAGACCUCAAAUUUGCGUUGCAACAAAAGUCGACCCAACUUGAUACGGCCAAGGAGCGGCAAGCAGAGCUGGAGCAACAGCUCAUCAAGCGCGAGGAAACAAUCACGCUACAGAAACGUACGCUUAAAACGGUGAAGGAAGAGUACCAGGAAAAAUUCAAGGCACUGGAAAACAAAUACGAAGCACAAAAGGCGAUCGUAAUUCGGAUGGAAGACACAAUUGAGGAACUGCGCGUAAACAGUUGCGUCGCAAAGUCCCCCGAUUCCGAUCGUACUGACGCCGUUGGGUCACUCGAUCAUACGUCACCUCUUUCGAUUUCAUUAGCAUCCAGCGAGGGUCUUUCGGAAAUUCGUAAUCUGUCCGCGCUUGUGGCACAAAAUUCUGCCGGACUUGGAGCGCAACUCUCCGGUGGAAGCAACACCUUGGCCGGUAUGGGCAACAACAGUAGUAUGAUCGGUACAGCCGAACUCGAUUCGAAUCUGCCUACACCGACAUCGGCUGGCCAGUAUGGUCCGGGUGGUGCUAUGCCCGAUCCAUAACAGCACACUUCGGAUGCACGUACAUGGCUCGUUGCUAGUUGGGCGACACGCCUUGAAAGGAGAAUAUAUUUGCAUACGAUCUACAAAAGGAUAUGACCUGAAGGAAGAAAUGUGUGUGCCCGCCAGCUGUGCCCGCAAUUUUAUCACUUGUUACUUGUCUUUCGUUUUGUUUGUUAUUGUUUCACGAAAUGAAUCAAUUCAUUGUUGUUUUUUUGCUAUGCUUGUAUGCUUUCGGUGAUUUCUAAUGAUUGCAAAACGGUACACGAUUAAUUCAUUCGCGAUCCGUUGUUUUGCCAUACGGCUUCAUUUAUGCCUUUGUAUCUAGCUUUUGUUGGUUUGUGAUAAAUCCGUUCUAGAGCGAUACAAAAUUGAAGGUGAAAUUGAAAACCACAUAUACACACACAUACACUUCUGAAAUGAUUAAUUAUAAACACUAAAGUAGCUGCAGCUAAACGAAAUGGCUUUUCGGAAGCCUAUUUAGGAUAUUUAGAUAUUCGCCUCAGAAUACGCCAAAGUAAAGCGAAAAAUGUGUAAUCGGAUGAAGAUGGCGUAACACAGGAAGGAAAGAACGAGCUAUCUAUAUAAAUAAUUAUAAAUAUGUAUAUUACGAAAAGCAUCAUAAUGGCAACAACACCGAUCGUUGUCGAUUGCAUGGCAUUGGAAGCAAAACACAAUUUACACACAAAAAACACUGAAGUGUGUGUGUUCAUGAGUAAGGAAAUUCCUACUAGAGACUGGACUGUAAUUUGUGAAUUCUCGAACACCGAAAAGCGUUGUUAGGUACAUACAUAAAAAUGAAAAUUCGAAACGAAAUCGUUGCAGGCUCACAACCACACACACUAUUCGAGUUGUAAUGAAAUGCUUUAGCAAAAAGAUAUUGUGCGUGUGUUGCGAGCGUACAGCGAUAGCGCGAUGAUAAUAAAUGCAACAAAUUAUCUAAGUAA